GGGUGGUGGGCCGCGCUCUUGGAACCUGAUGGCGUCGCGGCCCCAAGGGUGACCAGGGAGCUCGCGCCGAAGGGAGGUCAGGCAGCGCGGACAUGGGGGAAAGCACCCAGCUCUCAGAAGCCCUGCGCAGGGACGACCCACCGGGUCAGUCGCAAUACCAGCGGAUAAGCCAGAAGAUGCUGGACAUUUCCGGGGACAGGGGCGUGCUGAAGGAUGUCAUCCGAGAAGGUGCUGGAGAUCUGGUGACACCUGAUGCCUCGGUGCUUGUGAAAUACUCUGCAUACCUGGAGCACAUGGACAAGCCUUUUGAUUCUAACUGCUUUAGGAAAACUCCUCGUCUGAUGAAGCUUGGAGAGGAUAUUACACUGUGGGGCAUGGAGCUGGGCCUGCUGAGCAUGAGGAAAGGGGAGCUGGCCAGGUUUCUGUUUAAGCCACCCUACGCCUAUGGGGCACUGGGCUGCCCGCCCCUCAUCCCUCCAAAUGCCACGGUUCUGUUUGAGAUUGAGCUGCUUGACUUCCUCAACUCUGCUGAGUCGGACGAGUUCUGUGCCCUCUCGGCUGAGCAGCAAGACCAGUCUCCACUUCAGAAAGUCCUCAAAGUGGCAACGACUGAAAAGGAACUUGGCAACUACCUUUUCCGCCAGAAUCGCUUCUAUGAUGCCAAAGUGAGGUAUAAACGGGCCUUGUUGCUGCUGCGCCGGCGGUUGGCACCCCCUGAGGAGCAGCACUUGGUGGAAGCCACCAAGCUCCUCAUUCUCCUGAACCUGUCCUUGGCGUACCUGAAGCUGCACCAACCCACCACGGCCCUGCGCUACGGACAGCAGGCUCUGAUCAUUGACCAAAAGAAUGCCAAAGCCCUCUUCAGGUGUGGACAGGCUUGUGUUCUCCUGACUGACUACGAGCAGGCCCGGGACUUCCUAGUUCGCGCCCAGAAGGAGCAGCCCUUCAAUCAUGACAUCAAUAACGAGCUGAAGAAACUGGCCAGCUAUUACAGGGACUACAUGGAUAGAGAGAAAGAAAUGUGUCACCGAAUGUUCGCUUCUCAUGAAAAUGGCUCCACAGUGGGAUAACACUGAAGAUUCCUCAUCUAACUGCAGCAAGUGAUCUGACAUGGGCCACUGGCAUUGAGUUGUUGCUGGAAAGAGCUCCCAGUGUGAGGAUUGCUGCCUCCGGGGACCUGCCCAGCCCGCCACACCCUGUUCCGACCCCUGGGUUCAGCUGUGUUUUCCCAGGUGCUGUUUUUGUUUCAUGUUUCACAAGCAGCAAGGGAAAGGAUAGCUACUGACAAGUAGAAAACUGCCACUUUUUAAAAGGCAGUUUCUUGUGUUUUCGAGUGGAAUUAGUCCUUGGCAUCCUUCCCAGUCCCAGCCCCGCUUCUGGCUGCUCACAUCCCCAGGUAAAUACAAAUAGAGAUUGCUUUAUGUUUUCUCCUGGGUCUCUGUUUUGAAGGCAGAAUUAUGUUACAAAUGUUUUUGCUGUAAAUAAACAUUCUCUUGU